ACCCCAUCUGGCCCGGGCCGGGAUUCCUAGUGGCUCUGGUCCCACAGGCUGAGCCUCACUCACCCCGAGCCUCGUUUUUUCUCAUCUGGCGAAUGGGCACUGGCCUUCAUCAGGCUCCCGGGAGCAUCAGCGCCGGCCCUGAACCAGGCCAUCCCACCCCGGGGCCCUGGGGACACGAGGUUCCGGUUUCAGCAGGCAACCCAGAUGGGGGAAGAAGCAGAGAAAGGAUGAUCAGAGCUGGAAUGGGGGACCCUGCAGGCAGAAGGGAGGCCCAGAGGAGGCGCCAGAACGAGCCUGGGCCAUCGGAGAAAUAUGAGCUGAGAGCAGAUGGCCCCACCAGCAUGGGCAGUCUCACGUACCAAGAAGACCUUGACGAGGAGAAGAACUCAGAGUUCACCUGGGAAGUGCAGGCCAACAACCGGGCCUACAACAGCCAGUUCAAGGAGAAGGUCUUUCUGUGUUGGCAGAGAAAGAAGUACAAGAAGAACGUCAUCCACACGGCCAAGUACAGUGUCUUCUCCUUCCUGCCCUUGAACCUGUAUGAGCAGUUCCACCGCUUUUCCAACCUCUACUUCCUUCUCAUCAUCCUCCUCCAGGGCAUCCCCGAGAUCUCCACGCUGCCCUGGUUCACUCUGUUCGCCCCGUUCGUCUGCCUCCUCACCAUCCGGGCCAUCCGAGACCUGGUGGACGAUAUUGGGCGACACAGGAGUGACAAGAUUGUCAACAAUCGGCCGUGCCAGAUCCUAAUGGGGAAGAGCUUUCUGUGGAGAAAAUGGAAGAAUCUACAUGUGGGAGACCUGGUCUGUCUGCAUAAAGACAGCAUUGUCCCGGCUGACUUGGUUUUGCUGGCCAGCACAGAGCCCAGCAGCUUAUGCUAUGUGGAGACGGCUGACAUCGACGGGGAGACCAACUUGAAGUUCAGGCAGGCCCCAAUGAUCACGCACCACGAGCUGACCAGUAUAAGGAAGAUAGCCUCCUUCCAAGGGAAGGUGGUGUGUGAGGAACCCAACAGCCGAAUGCACCACUUCGUCGGGUGCCUGGAGUGGAAGGGCAAGAAAUACCCACUGGAUAGUGGUAACAUCCUCCUGCGAGGCUGCAAGGUCCGGAACACAGACACCUGCUAUGGACUGGUCGUUUAUGCCGGUUUUGACACAAAGAUCAUGAAGAACUGUGGCAAGAUCCAUCUGAAGAGAACCAAGAUAGACCAUCUGAUGAACAGACUGGUGGUCCUGAUCUUUGUGUCCAUGGUGGUGAUUUCCGCGGCCAUGACCUUUGGCUUCUGGCACAAGGUGAAGGAGUUCAAGGCCAAUCACCACUACGUGUCUGCCAUGCACAUGCACAGUGUGGCUAUGGAGGCCUUCUUCAUCUUCUGGAGCUUUCUCAUCCUGCUCAGCGUCCUGGUGCCCAUGGCCAUGUUCAUUAUGGUCGAAUUCAUCUACCUGGGGAACAGCGUCUUCAUCAACUGGGACGAGCACAUGUACUAUGAGCCCCAGGACCUGCCCGCCAAAGCGCGAAGCACCAGCCUCAACGACCUGCUGGGCCAGGUGGAGUACAUCUUCUCUGACAAGACGGGCACGCUCACCCAGAACAUCAUGACCUUCAAGAAGUGCUGCAUCAACGGAGUUGUCUACGGUGGGACCCCGCCCGCUCCCUGCUCCCCGCGUCCAGGGUCUCGCGGCAGUGGCCCGGCAUCCAGCAUCCCACACCAAUUGAUGCCCCACCACUAUUGCCAAGGGGCUUCCUCUCACAUGGGGUUUGGACCCACCCAGUGCUGGCCUGUGCCCCACCCCCCGCAGGAGAACCCCUUCCUCUGGAACAAAUUUGCUGAUGGGAAGCUGCUGUUCUGCAAUACCCAACUCCUGCAGGCCGUGUGGGCUAACCAGGACUGGAGGGUGCGCGAGUUCUGGCGCGUGCUGGCCAUUUGCCACACGGUGAUGGUACAGAAGAACGACCAGCUAGAGUACCAGGCAGCUUCCCCGGACGAGGAGGCACUAGUCACAGCGGCCCGAAAUUUCGGCUAUGUGUUCCUGGCACGCACGCAGGACAGCAUCACCCUGAUGGAGCUGGGGGAGGAGUGUGUGUACCAGGUCCUGGCCAUGAUGGACUUCAACAGCGUCCGCAAGCGGAUGUCAGUGCUGGUCCGCAAGCCCGAGGGCUCCAUCUACCUCUACACCAAAGGGGCUGACACAGUCAUCUAUGAGCGCCUGCAAAAGAAAGGCGAGACAGAAUGGGCCACAGAGGAGGCCUUGGCCUCCUUUGCCAAGGAGACCCUGCGGACAUUGUGCCUGGCCUGCAAAGAGGUGGAUGAGGAAGUAUAUGAGGAGUGGCGGCAGCGGCACCAGGAGGCCAGCAUCCUGCUGCAGAACCGCGCCCAGGCCCUGCACCAGGUGUAUGAGGAGAUGGAGCAGAGCCUUGAGCUCCUGGGAGCCACAGCCAUUGAGGACAAGCUCCAGGACGGUGUCCUCGAAACCAUCAAGUGUCUCAAGCAGGGGAACAUCAAAGUGUGGGUCCUUACAGGGGACAAGCAAGAGACAGCGGUGAACAUUGGUUUUGCCUGCGAGCUGCUCUCAGAGAACAUGAUCAUUCUGGAGGAGAAGGAGAUCGUGCGGAUCCUCGAGGUCUACUGGGAGAACAACAACAACCUGCAAGGUGGCAAAAAGAAAGAGCUUCCCCUGCAGUUCAAGAUGGCCUUGGUCAUUAACGGGGAGUUCCUGGACCAGCUACUGCUGUCCUUGCGCAAGGAACCCCGAGCCCUGGUCCAGAAUGUGAACGUGGACCCACUGGAGUCCUGGCAGGAGCCGGGAGAGGAGAGGGUGGACUUCCUGCAGGCCAGGCGCCUGUCCCUCAUGUGGCGGACACUGGGGAUCCAGCUGCGGAGCUCGGGGCUGGCGCCCCAGCAGGAAGACUCCAAGACCCUCCAGAGCUCUGAGGAGCGGCGGGAGCGGGCCUUCAUGGAGCUGGCCUCCCGAUGCCAGGCGGUCAUCUGCUGCCGCGUGACACCCAAGCAGAAGGCCCUGAUCGUGGCGCUGGUCAAGAAAUACCAGAACGUGGUGACCCUGGCCAUCGGGGAUGGUGCCAACGACAUCAACAUGAUCAAGACUGCAGACAUCGGCGUAGGGGUGGCGGGUCAGGAGGGCAUGCAGGCAGUACAGAACAGUGACUACGUGCUGGCCCAGUUCUGCUUCCUGCGGCGGCUGCUGCUGGUGCACGGACGCUGGUCCUACAUGCGCGUCUGCAAGUUCCUGCGCUUCUUCCUGUACAAGACACUGGCCAGCAUGAUGGUCCAGAUCUGGUUCGCCUUCUACAGCGGCUUCACUGCCCAGGCUCUGUACGAAGGUUGGUUCCUGGCGCUCUUCAACCUGGUGUAUAGCACCCUCCCGGUCCUCUAUAUCGGGCUUUUUGAGCAGGAUGUGAGCGCAGAGCGGAGCCUUGAGUUGCCGGAGCUAUACAUCACAGGCCAGAAGGAGGAGCUCUUCAACUACUGGGUCAUCCUGCAAGCCAUUGCCCACGGCACAGCCACCUCUCUGGUCAACUUCUUCAUGACGCUGUGGGUCAGCCAGGACUCAGCUGGGCCUGUCAGCUUAAGUGACUACCAGUCCUUUUCAGUGGUCGUGGCCCUGUCCAACCUGCUAUCCAUCACUAUGGAGGUCAUCCUAAUCACCAAGUACUGGACCGUCCUGUCUGUGCUGGCCAUUUUCCUCAGCCUCUUCUUCUACGUGAUCAUGACCAGCCUCACCCAGAGCAUGUGGCUUUUCAAACGCUUCCCCAAGAACUUCCCAUUUCUAUACGCUGACCUCAACGUGCUGUCCCAGCCCCCCAUCAUGCUGGUGAUCCUGCUGAAUGUGUCACUGAACACCCUGCCUGUGCUGGCCUUCCGUGUCAUUUACCAAGCCCUCAAGAAGCCACAGCGCAAGGAAGAGGUAGAGAAAGGCACAAGUGAGGAGGUCAUCACCGUGGAGCCUGUGCCCUGUAUCCAUAGGGAGUCACGGGCCCGGCGCUCCAGCUAUGCCUUCUCCCAUCGGGAGGGCUAUGCUGACCUCAUCACGCAGGGCACGAUUCUGCGGAGGUCACCGGGGGUCAACAGUGACAUGCUGGUUGAUCACACAAUGCCACCUGAUGAGCCAUCUGGGAGCAUGAAGGAGUCCUUGUGGUACCCAAGGAAGAUGUCAUUUCUUGGGAGGAAGAGGCACUCACACCAUGGGAAGGUGUCCUCUGAGGACAUGCAGCCUCCCUCUGAGGUGAGCUCCUCCUUAACCAUGGAUAGGCGGUCUGCUCCUCAUCCCCAGCCUCUCAACAAAACCUGGCCAUCUGGAUCUUUACAGGAGAAGUUGCCAUAUUCUCCUCAGAACCUACUGCCAACCGAGAUACCACUGUCAGCUCUAGACAGCCAAACGACCUCUGUUGAGAGCCAGAUGCUGCCUUCGAGCCAGCUGUCCCUGCAGAGCCAGCCAGCAUACCUGCCACAGGAGAAGACAUCCCUCUGGAAUAUCCGGAAACUGUCCUGGAAGAACUGGUCGUACAUCUGGCAAAAGGAGCCCGAGCCCCGCAGGGAGGGGAUAUUGCCAGUUUCCAGCUCAAACCUUAGUUCUGUGAUGGAAACUGUACCACCAAGUGCAAAAGGAUCAUCCAUCAGCGAGCAGCCAAUGGAGGUGGAGCCCUCACCUGUGGAGAGAGAGCCGUCUCCUAUGGAGUGGCUGCCAGAGCCCAGUGGGGACCAAGCUGCACCUGAUCUGGCAGAGUAGCUUCCCUGGCCCCCAGGGCAUCAGUGACUGCUCGGGCAUAGUAAGUGUCAUCCAGCAAGCACGAGGCUAUCCCUUGAAGACAGGGCUCCACCGGCUCUUCUUUCCCUAAUAAAUCACAGUCUGUCUGA